AUGGAGAUGAGCUUCGGUCACGCUCAAUACUAUGAGGAUAGUAUAUUCCCAAGUGCUCAAAGUCGUCUAGGUCCACCUUGGUCAUCGGAUCUUGUCGUGCCCCAUCAGGAUUAUUUAAACAUCCGGAGACAUCUCACAGCUCCUAGUCCAGACUUCCAGUGGAAAUCAGCGUCCGACCGCAACUCCGCUUUCGUUCUUCCACGGAACAACUCUGUGAAUCCGCAUCAGGCCGUAGAUCUUCAGACGCUAACGAACAUCAUAAACGUGGCGCGGUAUAUUCUCUCUUUCCCUCAAAAAUGCUUCUUCCGUGGAAAUUCCUACGCUUGCGGUUUCGGAGUCUCCUGCUGGAUGCAGGGCAAACGACCCGUGGAUCUUUGCAACGGCGGAGUCGUAUGGUCUUGCUGCGUGCCUCGCAACGCUGAGCCUUCCAAACAGGCUAUGGUCAAGGAAGCCGUUUGCGGACGGACAUACAUGCGAGACGCGAAAGUCGUCGGAGGAGUCGCUGCGAAAUUUGGCCAACAGCCCUGGCAGGCGGCCAUCGUGAAGCGCAGUUUCCUUUCACAGAAGAUAUCUUGCGGAGGUGCUCUUAUUAAUGAAAAAUGGGUCCUCACUGCGGCUCACUGCGUCGAUAGGACUCCUGCAUCGAAUUUGAGAGUCAGGCUCGGCGAGCACAACAUAAGGGACACCACAGAACGCUAUCCUCACGAGGAGUACACCGUGAGGAGGAAGAUCGUCAACGAAGGCUUCGACCGGCGGAACUUCGUCAACGACAUUGCUCUCCUCGAAUUGGCGCAACCGGUUAUAUACCGAGAGCAUAUAAUCCCAAUAUGCCUCCCUGACAAAGGCACAAACUUCACCGGCGAAUUGGCCACCGUCGCCGGCUGGGGUCGCGUGAAACACGGCCAGUCGUACAUGCCGUCUUCGCUGCAGAAAGUCGAUGUCCAGGUUAUCGAGAACGAGGACUGCCGCUCUUGGUUCAAAGAGAAGGGGCGACGCGAACAAAUUUUCAACAGCAUGCUGUGUGCGGGUUACAAGGAGGGUGGCAGAGAUUCCUGCCAAGGGGACUCGGGAGGACCUUUGGUUUUGAAGAAAAACGGUCGCGCUCAGCUCAUAGGUCUCGUUUCUUGGGGGGUUCAGUGUGCGUUACCGAACCUGCCGGGAGUUUAUACGAGGGUUUCGGAAUAUGUCGAUUGGGUCGAUAUCUACGUGAACAGAGGGUCGAGAGACUCGAUUUUGGUGAACAAAGCGGUCAGUAAAGACGAGUCUAAGGACGGCAAAGACGUCCCAGCGGUUUCUAGGCAUUUGAGAUAA